ACAAUAAUCUCUCUCUCGCAGUUCCAAAAUGGUUCUAAAAUAUAACACAAAAACUAUGGAGCUUCUGAAAUAUACCUUGAUGGGUUUGAUCGUGACGUGUUUGUCAGUGGCAGCUGAUCCAUUAAAACAAAAACCACAAACAUUGAAUUCUUCACCUGCAAAAAACUCCCAAGAGCAAGUAGCUAAUGAGUUAAAGCCAGAUUUUGUGCCAAUAUACCUGUACGCUAGAGAAAAUUCAUUGGACGGUGAUUAUAACUUCAAAUAUGAAACCGGAAAUGGCAUUUUCGCGGAAGAACGUGGCGUUAUGUUGAACAAGGGAACGGAAAACGAAGCGAACUCGGUGGUCGGAUCGUACAAGUACAUCUCUCCGGAAGGCGUACCAAUAGAGGUGACCUACACCGCGGGAGUAGACGGGUUCCGAGCAUACGGCGCACAUCUCCCCGUUGGUCCGCCUGCGGCGUCCAACUUGCCCAAAAGUUUGGCGUACAAGAACGUCCCCCAGACAACCGCCUUCGCCCGACCGCAGUUCAAGUUGGCCAACUCCGAUUCGUCAGACGAUGGCGGACAAGCGCGGUCGGAGCAGCAGCUUCAAACGGUUUCGGAGCUGCCACAAUUGCGGUCAUCGGAGCAGCCUCAAGUGCAGUCAUCGGAGCAGCCCAAAGUGCGAUCAUCGGAGCAGCCCCAAGUGCAGUUACCGGAACAGCCCCAAGUGCCGUCGGCGGCAGAACAGGUCAGCGCAGGUCAAGCGGCCAAUGACGUGGCGGAACAAUCGCAGAACGUGUUGUUUGUGGGCCGUGGGCCAACCGAAAAACCGUUGGAAAUGAUCGUCCGCGCAUCGGUCGCGACGGCCGACCAAUCUCAGGGUCCGUCAGCCGGUAAUCCCCAAGACUAUUACCAACAGUUCCGCGGCCAACCCGUUCCGGAACUGCAAUCAGCAUACCCGACUCCGGGACCGCAGCCGCGACCUACACCGCAGCAACAGCAGCAGCAGUCCGUCAUACAGAGGUUUGAACCACCCAGAUCGGCAGCGCCGUCCGUCGUGCCCGUCCUACAGGCGGUACCCCAGGCCAUCCAGACUCAGCCAAAGGUCGUGCCAGUGUUGCAAAGGCUGGUACCCGGCGGGUAUCAACAGCAACAGCAACAGCAGCAGCUACAGCUACAGCUACAACCUCAGUUCAACGCAAGACCGGUACAGCAACCACCUUUCAACCAGCAGCAACCACCUUUCAACCAGCAACAACUGACUUUCAACCAGCAGCAACGUCCUGGAACGGUUCGCCAGUUCAGCAUUGAGCCGCAACAGAUGUGGUACGUGCCGAACAACCAGCAAGGCCGGUACUUUCAGUUGCCCCCUAUGCAGCGAACACUAGGACCUCCCAAGUACUAGACUUCAUCGUCGUUGGAAAGCUCACCACCACGUCUUAUUCUUAGAUCUUUUUUUUCUUCUAAUUUUUCAAUAUAAUAUAUAAUACAACAAUAUAUAAUUUAUUAUACUUUAAUAAGUACCUACCUAUAAUAUAUAUGAUAUUAUUAUUAUAUAAUACAAAAUACGUAAAUAUAAUAUUGUUGACAAGUUGUGCAGUAUUGUGUAUACGUAUAUAUUGUUAUAAUAUGAUAGUUUAGACGGUGUCUUACGUGUCAUUUAUUCGUGUGAAAAUAGAAAAUAUUUAACAUAAAUCAAUAAAUUCGAUCACUUCGCGCGUGAUCAAUGGGUACUUGAA